AUGGCGGUGGCGGCGUCCGUCUUGUCUCAGCUCCACCAGCAGUGGAACGUAUCAUUCAAGUCUGAGGCACUCGAUCUGCUUCCGAUUCUCAUUGCGGAUGCAUGUGACGGGCUGCCUUCUGCCGGGGUCGCCCCGUCGUCUGUGGCCUCGCCAAGCGGGAACGCGGCUCCUGUUUCCCUUCACGCGCUGCAACGGUUUCUUCUUUCGUCUGACCUUCGGAGUCUCCGUCUCGCUCCUCCUUUGCCCGAGGGGUUCAUGGCACAGAAAACCGCGUCGUCUCUCCCGGCGCCGCUCAUGCUGAUGCUGCUCUCCUCACGAGACAUCACCUUGCCGUCGAAGGAGGGCGAAGAAGACUUUCUGUCUGCCGCGGCUGCGCCUUGCUACCGGGGCCACAAGCGGCGCUUGCUCCUGCUCAAGCUGACUGAUGGUGCGGGGUGUACGUACACCGCAAUCGAGCACCACUACUGUCGGCAGCUGGACGUCCCUCUGGUUCCCGGACUGAAGCUGCUGCUCCGUCCGACGACGCGAAUCACGAACGGGCUCUUUCUCCUUGAGCCGGCCACGGUGCAGGUUCUUGGCGGGAGCGUGGCCAGCCUCGAAAGCGCGUACAAACUCCGCGAGCACGUCCAGCAGGCGCGCAUGCACAAGAAGUCAGAGAGAGCGUCUCUGAACGGAGCGGUCGGCGGUUCUGGAGACGGCGAAGAAGACGGACCGCCGCGCUUCCUUCCCUUCUCCUACGCCGCGGCAAAGAAGGCGCUCGCGGAAGGGAAGGAAGUCGUCGCUGCGGCGCUGGUGAGCCAGCAGAAGAGCAGUGAGAAGGCCCAGACUGCCCGCCGUGGCGACGACCGUGAAGGCGCGAGGAAGACGUUGCAGCAGCUAAAGGAAGAGUCGAGUGCAGGAGGCGAAGCUGCUGGAAGCAAAGUGGAGAGGUUCCAGCAGCGAGAUGAGCCGAAGAACGCUGCGCUGCAGGCACUUGUCGUGAAUCCCCACGAGAGAGGCCGAGAGAGGAGGGGUGCUCGAGAGGACCCGGACGGGGAGACACCGCCUCGCGGAGGGCGAGGCGGGCGCGGAGGGACGGGCGGAGGCAGGAGAAGAAGAAGAGACGACGGCUUCGAAGAGGAAGGCCUCUACAUGAAGGAUUCCAAGGCACCGGUCUCCUACAAUCUCCUCGACCUGAUUUGCAAAGAAAAACCCAGCAGCGCAAGCGCGACAGGGAACGAGCAGACGGCAGGAGCGACUCCCUUCUCUUUGCAUCCCAGAGACGAGGGCCCCACGGCCUCCACCAGUGUCUCGACACUUCAAAGACCCGGUUCGUCCGAGCCGGCCUCUCGGCCUGCCAGGGACAGAGGCAGGGCCGGAGGCUCAGGGCAGAGCAGAGGGGGACGAGGGCACGGGGUCGUUUCUGGAGACAGCUCUCCUCGAGGCGGAAAAAAUCCCGAGGAGGGAAGAGGCGGCAAUUUCUUCUCUUACUACUACGCCGAAGAUCCGUCUACGAUGGCUCUCUUCCCUUCUGCACACGCUCCUGCGUAUGCUCAGAGAAGCUCAGCACGCGGUGGAGUCUCUUCGACCCGUCCCGGAGGCAGUUACGCCGGUGGAGGUCAUCACAACGCCUCGGGUCCGCAGUCGUACUCUUCUCAUUCGCCUUCUACCGCCUAUCCUGCACCGUCUCUCUCUGCUCACCCUUCGCCGCACGCGCAUGCCACUAGACGCGCUGCAGAGGCAGCUCGUACUCUCGAUUCCGGCCCUGGUCACGUGCGCGGAGCGAGAGGGAGAGGGAGAGGAGGAGAGCGGGGACGAGGUAUGGGAAGGGGGAGAGGCGGAGGGGGAAGGGGGAAAAGGGAGUUUUAG